UACGUAUAGUGAAUGUGUAUACCAUAUUAUAUAUAUCCAUACGUAUAGUGAAUGUGUAUACCACAUUAUAUAUAUCCAUACUGAAUGUGUAUAUCACAUAUAGUUCCGGUUUUACUACAUAGGGGCUUAUGUCUAGUCCGUACAUACUCCGUCACGCAUUGAUUCACAUGUAUGUCUAAAUUGCGGUUCCUUUACUGGCGUUUGCUUCCAAAGAUAUUUAUCUGUGGCAUAUUGCUUCUGAUUGAACUCCACUUUCAACCAACAAUCCCUUACUACAGGAUAGGUCUUAUAGGCAAUUACGAGGAAGAUACACUUCUACUUUUGUACUUCCUUCUCGUUGUUACAGCUAUAGAGGUAUCCAAGACUGCAUUCCUUAUUUCUGCCAAGGUGUGUCUUGGUAGGUAAUUAUUGCAGUUCGUAUCAUACGUGUAUCAGCACACACCACGUUCGCAUACUACAUUAUAUCUAUAGAAGUACAAUACCACCACACGCGUGCAACCACACGCGCUAGUCACGCUCAUAUACCCUUCCAGUAAUAUUCAAAAAACCUUCCAACAAGAUGGCUGACUGGGACUAUGGAGAAGAUGACAUCAUGGAUCACGGCGUCUUGGCGCCAUUGAACACGGUCAAAAAAGCUCCGCGGCCAGCAGGAAAGAAGACUAUCGAAGAAACAUACCAGAAGAAGACGCAGCUGGAGCAUAUACUUCUGAGACCCGACUCGUACAUUGGGUCGACGGAGGCAUCGACUGAGCAGAUGUGGGUGUACGACCAGGGCACAGGCAUGGUCUUUCGCAAGGUCACCUACGUCCCCGGGCUUUUUAAGAUUUUCGACGAGAUUCUCGUGAAUGCGGCGGAUAACAGACAGCGCGACAAGAACAUGAACACCAUGAAGAUCGACGUGGAUGUGGAAAACAACUCCGUCAAGAUAUGGAACAACGGCGCGGGCAUUCCUAUCGAGAUGCACAAGGACGAAAACGUCUACGUGCCAGAGCUGAUCUUCGGACACUUGCUAACAUCCUCUAACUACAAUGACACGGAGAAGAAGGUCACUGGUGGUCGCAACGGAUACGGUGCCAAACUGUGCAACAUCUUCAGUGAGGAGUUCACCAUAGAAACCGCCAGCAAGGCCACCGGAGAGAAGUACACCCAAUCCUUCACGCGCAACAUGAGCAACAUUGGCAAGGCGAAGAUCCGCACACCCGCGGCCGGCAUUAAGGAGGACUAUACAUGCAUCACCUUCAAACCUGAUCUGGGCCGUUUUGGCAUGCAGCACCUGGACGUGGAUGUGGUUGCACUGUUCACCAAACGAGCCUACGAUAUGGCGGGAUGUCUGCCAGGCGUCAAGGUGAUCUAUAAUGGCAGCAAGUUGCCGUGCAAGAGUUUCAAGGAGUAUGUGAAGAUGUACAUUGAGAACAACCGCACCGAGGAAGGGCUACCCCUGCCAUUGGUGCAUGAGAUAGUCAACAAUCGGUGGGAGGUGCUAGUGACAACAAGUGAGGGUCAGUUCCAGCAGAUGAGUUUUGUCAACAGCAUUUGCACCUCAAAGGGUGGGCAACACGUCAACCAUGUCACAGACCAGCUCACCACCAAGAUUAUCGAGGUGGUGAAGAAGAAGAACAAGGCUGCCCCGGUGAAGCCCUUCCAGAUCAAAAACCAUCUGUGGGUGUUUGUGAAUGCGCUGAUUGAGAACCCCAGCUUUGACUCACAAACGAAAGAGAACAUGACGCUGCGCAAGAGCAUGUUUGGCUCAGAGUGCACACUCAGUGACAAGUUUGUGAAGAAUGUGCUGAGCACGGGUGUGGUGGAGAAGAUUCUGUCGUGGGCUAAGUUCAAGCAAGAGUCUGCCAUGGCCAAAUCCUGCUCCGGUGCCAAGAGAUCGCGUCUGACGGGCGUGCCCAAACUGGAUGAUGCCAACAUGGCUGGUACUCGCCAGAGCGCAAAGGCGACCCUCAUUCUGACUGAGGGUGACUCAGCCAAAGCACUGGCCGUGAGUGGCCUGAGUGUAGUGGGAAGAGACUACUAUGGCGUGUUCCCCCUGCGAGGAAAACUACUGAAUGUGCGCGAAGCCUCCAUGAAACAGAUCAUGGAUAACGCCGAAGUGCAGAGUAUCGUGAACAUCAUGGGGCUCAAAUACGGCCAAAAGUACGAGAGUACGGCUUCUCUGCGAUAUGGAUCGCUGAUGAUCAUGACCGAUCAGGACCACGAUGGAUCGCACAUCAAGGGAUUACUCAUAAACUUUGUCCACCAUUUCUGGCCGUCGCUGCUGAAGGUUCCGGGAUUUCUGGUUGAGUUUAUAACGCCCAUUGUGAAGGUGACUAAGGGUGUCAAGACUGAGUCCUUCUACACCAUGCCAGAAUACACUGCCUGGAAGGAAGCCACUGGAGAUUCCGGCAAAGGUUGGAAGAUCAAGUACUAUAAGGGUUUAGGUACGAGCACUCCGGCCGAGGCCAAGCAGUACUUUGCGGAUAUGGAACGGCACAACAUUGCCUUCGAAUGGCUCGACAACCUGGAUGACCAGAAGAUUCAACUGGCAUUCUCGAAGAAACAAACGGACGAUCGCAAAGAUUGGCUCAUGCGCCAUCGCCCGGGCACAUUCAUUGACCAGACUCAGGAAACAAUCCGAUACGCCGACUUCAUCGAUAAGGAAUUGAUCUUGUUCUCUAUGGCUGACAAUGCGCGGUCUAUCCCGAGUGUGGUCGACGGCUUAAAGCCUGGGCAGCGCAAGAUCAUGUUCAGUUGCUUCAAGCGCAAACUCAAAGAGGAGAUCAAAGUGGCGCAACUGGCGGGCUAUGUGUCUGAACACUCGGCCUACCACCACGGCGAGAUGAGUCUCACGUCCACCAUCAUCAACCUGGCGCAGGACUUUGUGGGCAGCAACAACAUGGGAUUGCUUGUGCCUGCAGGACAAUUCGGUACACGGUUGCAGGGAGGCAAAGACGCGGCAUCGCCACGUUAUGUGUUCACCAAACUCAGUCCUCUGGCCAGAAAGGUCUUCCAUGUGCAGGACGAUGCGCUGAUGAAGUACCUGGAUGACGAUGGACUGACGAUUGAGCCUGAGUUCUAUGUGCCUGUGAUUCCAAUGGUCUUAGUCAAUGGCAGUGACGGCAUUGGCACGGGUUGGAGUACAAGCAUCCCCAAUCACAAUCCACGAGACAUCAUCGCCAACAUCCGGCGCAUGUUGGAUGGUGUAGAGCCGACGCAAAUGGACCCGUGGUGGCAGGGCUUUGUGGGAGACGUACUGCCGCAAGACCCCAAAAACACCAAGUUCUCAGUACACGGCAAAAUCGAGAAGACGAGUGAGACAACCGUAGAGAUCACCGAGCUGCCCGUGCGCACAUGGACACAGCCGUAUAAGGAAUGGCUGGAGACCUGUGUGCAGGGCACCGACAAGAACCCGGCCUUUGUGCGGGACUACACGGAAUACCACACAGACUCCACCGUGCACUUUGUGGUGACCAUGGAUGCGCAAGUGCUGGCGGCGGCUGAGAAGGACACGGGAGGGCUGCUGAAGAAGUUUAAGCUGCUGUCCACUGUGGGAACCUCCAACAUGGUGCUGUUUGACGAGCGCGGCGGGAUUAAGAAGUACGCCACGCCGCUGGAGAUCCUGAAAGACUUCUACGACCUUCGGCUGAACUACUACCACAAGCGAAAGGCCUACCUAGCAGACAUGUUGACUGACGACUUCGACAAACUGGACAACAAAGUGCGGUUUAUUCGUGCGGUGAUCUCUGGCGAUGUGAAGGUCAACAACGUGCGCAAGAAAGACAUCCUGGCCGAUCUCAUGGACAAGGGCUACAAGCAAUUCUCCAAGAAGACCAAAGACUCCGAACCCAGCGAAGACUCAGUCGAGACAGAGGAUGGCCCAGACACCAGCGCCGCAAGUGACGGCUACGAUUACUUGCUGGGCAUGGCGCUAUGGUCUCUGACGCAGGAGAAGAUCAAUGCGCUGGAGAAGGAGCGUGAGGCUAAGGAGACUGAACUGGGUAUACUGCUGAGCAAGAACGCGCGGGAUCUGUGGGUAGAGGACCUGGGUGCACUUGAGGAGGAGAUGGACAGGUACGCUGAGGUGGUCAAGGCACAGGCCGAGAAGGACGCCGGACAGGUCACCAAGCUCAAGAAGCAGCCCAAGAAACGCGCGCCCAAGAAGAAGACGAUCACACCCAAAGAAGAAGACGACUGGCAACCGAGCAAACCCGCCGCCAGGAAAAUGGCUGUCCCAAAGAAAGUCAUAAAAUCAGAACAAACCAAAGCCACUUUAGAGGAUGACCAGCCCCAGGCAUCGGCGAUUAAGCCCAAACGCCCCACGGCCAGGAAGACCAAACCAAGGUCCACCAUUGUACCCGACAGCAACAGCGACUCAGACAGCGACGGUGGGGUCAUGCUCAGCUUAUCACAGCGCCUGGCCAUGACCAAAGCCCCAAAGAAAGAGCCUGCACCCAGGCAACGGCAGAACAAGACGCCCGUCACGAAGAAAUACCAAACUGUCAUCAGCGACGAAGAUUUAGACCUGGACGAAGACGAACACGGCGUCACUGAUCUGGCAGACUCUGUGAAACGCUUGUCGGUUGGCAAACCUGGAAAACGACCGUCGGAACGCGAUGUGCCGCGCACGGUGGAGAAGAAGAAGACGGUGCGCACGUACAGCGAGGAUUCGGAUGAGAACUCGGAGGCUGAGUGUGAUACAAUCCCUAAAUCAAAAGCCAAAGCCAAGGCACCUGCCAAGCCACGUGCAAAGGCUGCACCCAAAGCCAAGGCUAAGGCUAAAACAGCCGCUGCCAAGGCCGCUGUGGCCACAGUCCCGGCACUAAGCGACAGCGAUGACAACUUAGAUUUCGAAAUACCCGUUAAACGCGCUCCGACAUCUCGCCGGGCUGCUGCCAAAGUGAAGUAUAAUUACGAGAGCGACCCUUCGUCAGAGGGCGAUGACUCGGAUGGCUCCGAGUUCGAGUUAUAGUGCGCUUUGUUAAGCCACCAAGCCAUUGUAUAGAGUCCGGGAGAUGAGGAGCCCUACAAGCAACCGCUGGUGUUGGCUUGACGUGCGUGCGUGCAGUAUGGAUCUACGCCAUAAUGUGGGCGCUUGGACACACCAGCCUCGUCCUCUGUUCCAUAUUUUGUAUCGCGGAUGGCGUUCAAUAGCGUCUCACGGCACUGACAAGAUCGACUUAAUGCGGACGAGGUCUUUAACCCUACAAUCUGUCACUAAAACAGAGAACGCCCACAUAGAGCAGCGGAUGUUCGAGGACCCGGGCUCAGCUGAAAAUAAAAGUGCCAGCUCGAUACGUAAAUCAUAGCUAGGCCAACUCAAGCCUGUGGUGCAAUCACGUAUCAGCUCUAUAAAUUAUAAAUUGCUGCAUAGGCCUUCAAUAUAUUGAAAAAGACGGUUCAUAAUGGAAAACAGCAACAGCUCCAAUACAGGCUAUUCUGACAAGUAGCCAUCGUAAACAAUAAACAGAAAGCGCCAA